AUGGAAUUGAUCACUGAUGAUUCUAUUUUAUGGUAUUUCCCACCAGAUGAUAAAGGGGAUAUCCCAAGGUAUGCGAUCCAAUCUCAAGGUUCCAAGAAUUAUGAAAAAAUUAUACCAAUGAUUAAAGAUGAUGUUAUUGAAUUGGUGGAAGAUAAGGAUAAUUUGGUAUUAAGUUUAUUGAAUUGGCAAAUUGGUAAAGUUGAUAUGAAAGAGAAACAAAAAGUUGAUGGGUUUAUGAAACAUUGGAAUAAGGGGUUGGUUUUUUUAGAACAAAAGGAGAAUAAUGAAUUUGAAAUUGAUGAUGAUGAUGAUGAACAGGGAAAUGAUCUUGGUGAUUCAUUAAAAUCUCAUUUAUUACAAAAUGAAUCCAAAUUUAUUCAUCCAAAGAAGUUGAAGUUUAGAUACUUAACAUGGAAUAUACAUGGCCAAGAUUUAUACAACACAGAUCAAGAUUUAUCAGAACUAUUUCUUAAUGAUGAACAAAUUGAUAUUUAUUUCAUCGCGUUCCAAGAAGUUAUACCAUUAAAUGCUAAAAACCUGAGAUCAUCAUCUGAACCAAUAAACAAUUGGAUUGCCAAAAUCCUAUCAAUAAUAGGAUCAGAUUAUAAACCAAUUCAAACAAAUAAAUUAUUAGGCCUAGGUUCAAUCUUAAUAAUUCGUAAUGAAUUAUCAAUAAAUUUUAAAAAUUUAUCAAUAGAUUCUAUAGGAACUGGUAUAUUAAAUUUUUAUGGUAAUAAAGGUGGUAUAAUAACAUCAUUUGAUAUAUAUGAUUAUAAAUUAGCUUUAUUAAAUGUUCAUUUUGCAGCUGGGGAAAAGAAAGAGUUCCUGGUGAAAAGAAGAAAAGAAUUACAAGGUAUUAAAAAUUAUAUUAAAUUACCAAAUUCAAAUGGGAAUUUGAUUAAUGAUGAUAAAUCUAUUUUGUUUGAUGUUGAUGAUGUUGAUAAAUUGACGAAUGGGGUAGAAUUGGAAAGCGAUGAUGAGGAGGAUGAAGAGGAUGAAAUGAGUAAGUUGAGUGGUGAGGAUAUAGAAUCUGUGGAUAAAUCUGAAGGUAAAUCUGAAGGUAAAACAGAUGAUAAAGCAGAUGAUCAAACAGAGGAUACAUCUGAUACACAAGACACAACAGAUAAAUCAAAAGAUGAAAAAUCUGUUUCUCCUCCAGUUAAUAAUAAAUUCAUUGAUGGUGAUAAGAAUAUUAUAUUCAUUGGAGGUGAUUUAAAUUAUAGAAUCAAUGCAUCAAAUGAAAUCAUACAACAAUUAUUAAAUGAAAAAGAUCAUAAAUCUUUAUUAGAUUAUGAUACAUUAACUCAAGAAAGAGAUUUAGGUAGAAUUUUAGAUGGUUUCCAAGAGGGUAAAAUAAAUUUCCCACCAACUUAUAAAAUUAAUGAUUCAUCACCAAACCAGGGUGAAUUUGUAACAGAUAGGAAACCUUCAUAUACUGAUCGUAUCCUAGUAUCUCAAUCUAAACAUGUUGAAUUAUUAAGUUAUAAAUCUCCAAAUAUAAAUAUAUCAGAUCAUAGACCUGUGAUUGCAGAUUAUAAUAUUCAAAUCCCAAUUAUAAAUAAUGAGGAAAGAAAUGAUAUAGUUACAAAAUAUUUGAAAAAGAUUGAUGAUUUAGAAAAUAAUUUACAUAAAACUGAAUUUCAAAUCACAAACUUGGAAAGUAAAAUUGAAAUCCCAAUAUUAACAAGUUCAACAAUUGAAAUUGAAAUUAAAAACAUUGGGAAUUGGAAAUCUUAUUGGGAAAUUAUUGAUUCUGUUGAAACUCAAGAUUUAAAAUUCCCUGGUAAGAAAAUAUCUUCCAAAAUUGAACCAAUUAAAGGUGUGCUACCAAAAUCAGCAACUCAAUUAAUUAAAAUUUCUACAACUUUACCAAUUGGUUGUAAAAAAUUUGAAAAAACUUUAAUUCUUAGAGGUUAUAAUUCUCAAGAUCAUUUUAUAACAUGCACAUUCCAUGCAAAACCAAGUUUUUUUGGUAGUUCAAUUGAUGAAUUAAAUUUAGAAGGUCAAACCACAGGGAUCCCAAAACCAAUUUAUACAUUAAUUAACUAUUUAACGAAUCAUAUUAUUUCAGAUAUGUUUGAUGAAACAAAAUUAAAUUUUACUCAUGAAUUAGAAAAAAAACUAAUCAAAUCUAUUGAUAAUAAUGAAGAUUUGAAUUUAAAAGAAUUGGAAAAAGCUGAUACAGUUAUAAAUGGAUCCUCAUCAAGAGCAGUUUCCAGGGUCUUGUUCUUAUUACUUCGGAAUUUAGAUGGUGGUAUUGUUUCAUCAGAUUUAUCAACUUUUCUUUUGAAUGGUCAUAAAGAUGAUCAAGAUAUUUUGGAAAAGAUUCUAGAAAGUUUACCACCUUUAAGAGCAAAUGUCUUGAUUUAUUUAAGUAGUUUUUUAAGACUUUGUAUUGAAUUUGGUAUUUCAAAGGAUGAUAUAUUUAAAAAAUUUGAAAAUAUAUUAUUGGAAGUUCCAAAACAAAGGAAAAGAGAUUAUAUGUUUGGUAGAACAAAUUAUGAAAAAUUAAGAAGAGAUUUUUUGGAAAAACUUUUGGGAUAG